AUGCAGAUCUUUGAUACUUCAACUCGUUCUUGGUGCUCUUUUCCAAAUUGUUCCAGUACCACCAAUACAUCAUCAUCGUCAUCAUUAUUAUCAGAAGGAGCAAAUGAUAUACCAGCAUCAUCUCAACAUCAUUCAGCUUUUCUCUUAAAUGAUCAUCAACAUAUUCUUCUUUACGGUGGACAAAACAGCACACAUGCACUUGGACAAUUUUAUUCCUAUGAUAUAACGGCUCAACAAUGGACAUUAUUAUCAUUACCAUCAACAAUGAACGUGAUGCGUUGUGGUCAUUCUGCCAAUUUGUUAGAAAACGGUCUAUUAUUAAUCUUGGGUGGUUUUAUAUGCGAAAAAGGACAGGUUUUGAAUGACAAUGGAAACCCAAGGAUCUUAGCGAACAUGUCGAUGGCAUUGGUAUACAAUACAGUGACAACUCAAUGGACUGAAAAAUCUACUUUUGGUGAUUAUCCUAAACCAAGAGCAUAUCAUACUGCUGUUCAAAGUCAAGAUGGUGUACCUCCACCUUAUCAAACAUAUUUAUCAUCACAAGGACAAUUGCAAGAUAUGAUGGCGAUACUAAAUACAACUAAUUGGCAAUGGAGUUCCGUACAAGGUUCAUCUUCUACAAUGGACCAACCUUUACCUCAAUCAAUGGCAUCAGGGCUCAUGAUAGACGACCACACUCUUAUGUAUGGAUUUGGAACAAGUUAUCAAACUGUAUCUCGUGGUAUUUAUCUUUUCGACAUCAAUACACGGUCCUGGGUAUCUUCUGGUGAACAAUGGGCUGACUUAAUGGAUGACAAUAACCACGAUUCGGUAAAUUUACCUUCAACACGUAUGGAAUUUCAUAUUAUUAUAGGCUGCAUUAGUAUUGUUUGUUUAAUAACAGUCUUGAUUUUACUUUAUCGGAUGGGUCGUCAAUGGAAACAAAAGUCGCUGGACCUGCUUUAUGCAUGCAAGAAGAAAAUAUGGAAACCGAGAAUUGGCGAGCCUUCUUGGACUGAAACUAUACGGCUAUCUCUCUUGUUUGUGUAUGUAUGCUUCUUUUUAUUCUUGAUAUUCUCUUUGGUGGAACAAGUUGUCAACAGUCCUAUUAUUGAUCAAGUUUCCUAUGUUGAAAAUCCUACAUCUACAGUUAGUGCUCCAGAUAUACGGUUUUGUUUGGACGAUGAACACACUGUGAUCCGAUGUGGUACCGAUAUUGGAAUGCAAUGCUCAAAUUAUAUUAUUUCUAUAACUUCUUCUAUGCCUCGGCGAGGUCGAAAGCAAUAUUGUUAUCUCUUCCGAGCAUCACCCUCUUUUCGUCUAGGACAAGCAUCUGAUCGUUUAGCAAGCAAUGGCUCAUACCUCAAAUUUGAUUACUACUUUGGUCAACCAUCACAAGUGGAGGUGUCAUUCUACAACUCAUAUCAUAAUCCUAACUUGGCAGUAUAUUCUAUUCAAGAUCCUUUUGCGGAAACUACACCACCUUUUAGUUGGAACAGCCCCUCAGAAGAAAUAGCAUUUCGAUCAUCAGAUAACAAAGGUUAUUUGUCAAAUAACAUUUAUCAUUUGGACGUGAACGUAGUAUCUACUGGCAGUUAUGAACUUCUUCAACGUGUAUCUUUAAGGGACAGCUUUUGGAAUUAUGUUGGAUUUGCACCCAGUGUGGAUGCCUUCUAUGAAAUUGACAGCAAAGUACAAGCGGAAACAACUCAAUCUGAUUACUCAAGUUUACCUCGUCCUCUUGGUUCUUUCCAUGUUUAUCCUAUGCGAUAUGAAAUCAAGACCCUUCAUGAACAACGUGCAUUUGCAAUGUUAAAUGCUACUGGUGUCUUUGGUGGUCUCUUUGGUCUUUUUGUUAGUCUCCAAGCUUGCCUAUUUGGUUAUCGCCCUCGAAGUCCUCUCGGUUUGAUUCAUCGCUGGUCCAUUGGCGAUAUGAAAAGAUCUCUAUUAUAUGGAUUGAAACAAAGUUUUGUACCUCAAACCUCCAAUAUACCCAUUGUCCAUCCUAUGCGUGAUCAAACCUUAAAUUCCGUCCACAAUUCAAAACCAUUGACAACGAUGAUGGAAAAUCCGACCUCGACAACAUCUGGUGAACGGUUGACAAGAAUAGAAGAUCGGAUGGAAGUGCUUGAAAAGGUGUUCCAGGCAUAUUAUAUCAAUGAUGAAAUCUUUACUGCAUUGGAAAUGGCAAUACAAGUUGAAUUAAGUCCUUUUCAAUCUCAAACACACCAACAACAAGAACAACAACAACAACGACAUAGAAUGACUCUGCCCUCCUCAUUACGAUCAAGGAUACCAUUUCGAAGGCGGUCUUAG